AUGAAGUCUGGCAUCCACAUGGUGGUGAUGCCAGCGACACAUAGCCUUGAGGCUUCAAGUCGCAAAAUCACAGAAAUAACCCCGCAGAGCCCGAUAGCCCCUUUGGAAGCCCUGUAUGAAGAGGCACAAAGCAUCAUUCGUGAGAUGCCAGAGAUCGGACAAGCAUCAUUUCCAGGGGGACAUCAGGACUACGGGGAUGUCCGUGGUUUCGUGUCGGCGUUCGGCGUCUAUCCCAAGGCUCACGCAUUGGCCGCGACUGGGUUCUACCACGAACACAUGGCGAUUCGAAACAUCGACGAUGAUUUCGCCGCCACAGUCAAUCAUUUCUCCGAGUCGCAGCGGGCUUUCUAUCAGGCAGCCAUGCUAUUACCUCGGGAUGACGAGCAGCACAUCUUUCAAUUCAGGGUUCCCCUCCGCAUCAUGAAACAGCUCCGACUUGAUGCACCGGGAGCGAGGAAGAUCUGGGAAUACGCGUUCGAUACUAAGGGGGCGGGGCAGGGGAUAUUCAUGAAUCGGCUGAUAGAGAAGGACUCGCGGUUCGAACGGAAGAUGAGGCAGGACAUAGCGGACGGGAAGUUCACUCCGGACAGUGUUAUACCGCUGGACUACUUCAAAGAGAAUGCCAAGUAA